AUGAACGCUCACGUCACCGAGGACGACGACGACAAUAGCGACCUCCUCGGCGACGUGGCAGGCCACAUAUCUGAACACUCAACAGACGAAGGUAGCGACUCUGAAGAAUCCCAUGCGGGUGAGCCUUCUUCGACACGAACACGUCGACGCCACCCGGGUGGUGACGAGGACCCGGCAAAAGCUCGACUCCUGGAACACCUGCAGUCACAGCUACACAGCCUCACGCUCGAAGCCGAGACGGUCCUCUCCCAACAGCCGCGGAGCACACAGACGACCCUGGCGGCGCAGACCAAGGGCCUCUUUGACGGGUACAAGCACUAUGGCUCCAUGGCGCGGCUCAAGGUCGGGAUCGAAAAGUUCUUCAGAGUAGGGGACGAGAAGGGCAAAGUGUGUUUUGAGAAGGAAGAGCGAGAGGAGGACAAGGAAAUCAUCACCAAGGACGGUCAAAAAUCCGCGACCGCAUCAUCAUCAUCCCCCGCUGCCGCCCCCGAGGCCAAAAGACCGGCUCAUUAUGGCGAGGCGUUCAUGCUCAAUGGGACCGAAGACGACGACAUGCCCAAAUUCGACGCAAAGCUGGCAUUCCCCACGACGGCGACGCGCAUCGCGCGAGACCCCGAGACGGCGGACACGGAGACAGACACGACCAUGCACCCCCUGCGGACGACCGACCCGGACUCGGUACCCUACGUGACGACGCUGCCGUGGGACCCAAUCGCCACGAAGAUCAGCUGGCCGGACGACCGGACGUGGCCGCCGGGCAUGCUGGGGAACAUGAACACGAUCCUGAGCGUCGAGGACGCGGCGGCCCGCGAGCGCCUCUUCCACCACGUGUCCAAGUACGGGCCCGCGCCCGUGUUCCGGGUCGGUAUCGCCGAGCACCUGCGCAGCGAGUACGCGACCGUCUUCGAGUCCGGGCGCGACCACUACCUGGGGCUGACGCCCGAGACGCGCAUUUUUCUGCGCGGCGUGUACAGUCGCCAGCGACACAUCAACCGCGCCGAGCGCCGCCUGCUGGCCCUCGCGUGCCGCGUCGCCCAGGACUCGGUCCAGAUGUUCUGGGAGGACGCGGCCGACGCGCUGCGCGGCUACGACGCCAUGCGCAUCUUCAUGGCCGCCAGGGAGGUCGAGCGCGACGCCGAGGCCAGAAAGACCCAGGCCGACAGGCGCAGGGCCGACGUGCUCAAGGAACACAUCGACCGGUUCAACAGGGGGUUUGGCUCGGCGGGUCGCAAUGCUGGAUACUCGAGCGCCGAACCCGCCCAAGUUGCGACACCGUCCGGCGAACCUGCGACAAAGGCAACAGCCCAGGCUGGUGGUCAUUCUGAAGAAGAGACUUGA